AUGAAUUCGAUUGAGCUCGAUGUUGAUUGUUACCUCGAUACCGCUCUCGUUACAGUCACCGGAUCGUGGCGGGUUCACUGCGUUAUGGGAAGCAAGAGAUGUGAUUGCCGAAUCGCGAUUCCCAUGGGGGAACAGGGUUCAAUUCUAGGUGUUGAGGUUGAGAUUCCUAGAAAAUCUUACACAACUCAGUUGAUCACAGCCGACGAUGAAAAUGAAUUUGAGAAAACGGCACUACCGGAGACUGGAGGCUUCUUGAAACCAAACAUUUUCACUCUUACAAUACCACAGGUUGAUGGAGGUACCAAUCUCUCUAUCAAGAUGUCUUGGUCUCAGAAGUUGACGUAUAAUGAAGGGCAGUUUUUUCUUGAUAUUCCUUUUAGCUUUCCUGAGUAUGUGACUCCUGCGGUUAAGAAAAUCUCCAAGAGAGAAAAGAUUCAUUUGAGUGUUAAUGCUGGUACUGGAACUGAAGUUCUCUGCAAAGGAUGCAGUCAUCAACUAAAGCAGGAAAAAUUGCGGAGUGCAGGGAAUUUGAGGUUUGCAUAUGAAGCUGAUGUUUUAAAGUGGUCCAACACAGACUUUAGCUUUUCUUAUACGGCCUCUUCAAGUAAUAUAGUUGGUGGACUUUUCCUUCAAUCUGCUCCUGUUCACGAUGUUGAUCAGAGAGACAUAUUUUCUUUCUAUCUUUUUCCAGGAAAGCAACAAAAAACAAAG